CUUUUAAUUGGGUGGGGUAAAAGACUAAACUUCCGGCCGCAUUUCCAGCGCCUCGACUGUCUUCAGAAGAGCGAUUCAAUCUGUUGAACGUACUGUCGGCAGGCGGAGGAGGAAGGAGUGGUCGUUUUACCGACGGACAUCGACAAAACUCAGGCUGGCAGGAACUACCCAGUGUGCAUCAGCCAGCUACUGACAAUCAUGGCAACCACUGUGAUGGAGAGCAUCGGCCGAGUGUUCAUCAGCCUGCAGCAGAUCCGGCAGUUUCCCCAGUUGCUGACUGACGCUGCACCCUCCAUGCCCGGCACCGUCAGAGACACCGAGGUUCCCUCCUACUUCCGAGAACGCUACGUCUGCACCGGCUACCGUCCGCUCAACCAAAACUGGCGCUACUACUUCCUGUCCUUGUUUCAGCGCCACAAUGAAACCUUAAACAUUUGGACUCACCUGGUGGCAUUUUUAGUGUUGCUGAUUAAAUUGUGCCAGCUUACUGAGACUGUGGACUUUAUCAGUGACCGUCAUUCGUGGCCCCUGCUCAUCCUCGUCCUGUCCUCUUUGACCUACUCUGCAUUCAGUGUUGUAGCUCACUUACUGGGAGGAAAGUCUGACCUUGCUCAUUAUUGCUUCUACUUUCUGGACUACGUAGGGGUAGCGCAGUAUCAGUACGGCAGCGCUGUAGUCCACUUUUACUAUGCUGUUGAUGAAAGCGUCCAUGGACUGGUGAGUGGUAUCUUCAUGCCCACCGCCGCAAUCCUCAGCUGCCUUUCAUGUUUGGGAUGCUGCUACGGCAAAUACUGCAACCACAGCCUACCAACGUGGGUGCGUAAGGUGUGCCAGGUGGUGCCUUCAGCACUCGCCUAUUCCUGGGACAUCAGUCCAGUGGCCAAGAGACUGUUCUUCUGGUCCAGCAGUGAUCCAGCCAUCAUCUACCACUUUGGCCAGGUGGCAUUCUUCCUCAGCUGUGCCUUCUUCUUCACCUGCCCUCUGCUGGAGCGCUGUUUCCCCGGGCGGUGUGAUUUUGUGGGACAGAGUCAUCAAAUCUUCCACGUUUUCUUAUCUUGCUGCACCCUGUGUCAGAUCCACGCCUCCUACCUGGACUUUGUGGGCCGCAGGAAGUUGUACUCAAGUCUGCACGGAAGUGGUGAUGUUGUUCUAUUUGUGGGGCUGUAUGUGGUCACUUUGAUUAUGUGUGUUGGAAUUGCGGCUUUAAUGUUGAGGAAAGUGAAACAAGUGCUGGACUUCAAAUUAAAGUCCAAAUAAUCAUACAAGCCUUCCUUUAGUGUCACUCCUUUCAUAGAAAGGGAACUGAUUAUUUUUGCAGCAUAAUAAAUAAAUAGGUAGCAAAUUGCAAGAGGGAUAAACAGUGAUAUUAGAAUUUUUAUAUUCUUAUGGAUUAUUUCUGAAUAACACAGAAUUUUCAUGUAUUAACAAAGCCUGGUGCUUUAUUUAAAAGAGUACAAUUCUGUAAGUUUAGGAAGAUCAUUAAAAGUAAAAAAUGAUUGCCUACAUGUUAUUCUGUCAGUUUACAGUAGUGUUAUUUAAACAGAUGAUAUGUACUUUGUUAAAUGGUCAUGUUGUAAGGAUAUUUUUGUAGCAAUGUCUGGAGAGGAUCUUGUGCAAUGUGCAAGUAAUUAUUUUGCAAAUUGCAAAUUCAGGUGCAAAUAAUCUGCAAAAUAAUGCCCCCCCCCCCUCCAAACAUCCUGAAUUGGAUAAACAAAAGAAACUGGAUAUAUGGAUAGAGGGAUGGAUUUACGUUGGUUUUUAACAAUGUAACUAUAGGUAUUAUUUAAAGGUGAUUACUGAUCACAGCUAAAAUCUGCAUUUCUUUAAGAUAAAAAGUCUGCUACAUGAUUCCUGUUCAAACACUACAGUAAAACUAAGUCAUAUAGUGUUGCCAGAGAGCUGCAGUAUUUCAGACCUUCACUUUGUGCCUUGGUAGGCAUUUUCUUCAGUUGCCUUGAAGGCUGAGUUUUCCUUGAAGGUUACUCCAUCAAAUAAUAGCACAGUGUGCGGAGUCUUCGAAGGAGAGCGUUGGGUUUCUGCAUGUAGGCUUUAAAGCUCUGAGGACACACUGGAAUGUUGAUGUCGACUGCCAGUCUAAGAUUUAAACCUCAUUUUUUGUUGCUGUGCCACCACAAGUUUCAGCAUCAUAGCACUUUGGAAUAUGUACUUAAUGUAUUUAAGAGAGCUAGAUCUUUUUUUGUAUGAGGGAUUUAAUAUAUAAUGAAAAUCGUUUUCAGUUCAGUUUUGUUUUUUCCUUUUGUUUUUGUACCCUUGUAUUCUUCAGGUAUAUACCUUUACUGUAACCACUACUGGCAGUGAUUAAGCGGGCCUUUAGAAUGUAAAAGAAAUGAUUAUGAAUGUCACAUAAGUGCAAAGCAAGGGAGGUUUUUGCUGGUGUUUGUGGGAGAUGAUAAUGCUACUGACCAAGAGGUAAACUAGUGGGAUUAGUCAAAUAAGCAUCUCUGGAGGCAGAAAUAAUCUUGUUUUGUUAUGUAUGUAACAAUGUGAAAUGUCUUUCAUGUAUUAAACCCUUUCUCUAUUCA